GUAUUCUGAAAUACUACUGGCCUGUUAAGUGGUCAAGUCGAGCUUAAAGUCCCAAAUUUUUUUUUCAAAUCCCUACAACUAGUGCUGUUCAUACUCGAAGGCCAGCCUGAUUCAUCGAGGAUUCUGAUCCAAUUGCCCCAUGUAUCCACAUACGCAGACAACAAGAAUAUAGAUUUACGACGGUGAGAUGAUGGACAUUGACCACGAGUCCUUUCGCUUUGGGGUCAUCGACCACCACCCCGAACUACCUCAUGAGAAAUCUAUAUUUGAAAGACACCUCUCGUCCUCUGGAUUGGAGCUUGACGAAACAAUCAUUCUACAAGAACCAGAACUACGAUAUGAAGAAGAGAGCAUUGUGCAACAUCCUCCUAGCCUUCAGCAAAUGACACUUCUGCCACCUACGGCAGCUUUGACGUCCUCGGAACAGUCGCGGAUCUCGGCGUAUGCGCGACUUGAUUUUGCAUCAUUCACUUUCUACGUGCAGACCCUGCAGGUUGUCAUGGGUCGGAGCGUGGACUCGGGAGCUAUAUCAGCGGGCGCGACCACGAAUGGAGCAUCAAUACCGGGCCGCUCAAGAUCACGGACUCCGUCAAAGUCAGACGCCGGCCAGACGGACUCCGUCACUGUCCCUGCAAAGAGCUUAGGCAACGGUUCCAUGGCUAGCGCUUCCGGGCCGGGCACAAAUGGAAAUAUUGACGUACACCUCGGCACGGCAAAAGCGAUCUCACGACGACAUGCAAGAAUCUUUUAUAACUUUGCAAACCAGCGAUUCGAAUUUUCGGUGCUGGGCCGAAACGGGGCUUUCGUUGAUGACGUCUUCGUCGAGAAGGGGUCUACAGUGUCACUGAGCCAUGGCUCACGAGUACAAAUUGGCCAGAUUGGGUUUACUUUCCUGUUGCCCAACGCCGAUAAUGCUGAUUCUAGCGAUUCAACUCCUACAGAAGCAAUAAAACCCGCCGAGGCCCUGUUCUUUAGGGACGAGAAAUCUCUCCCGCCUCUUGACACUGGCGUCGAAGAACAGGUUCCUUCUAAGGUCAAGCUUGAAGAGGAGCUGCAGUCAGAAGACGUGGAAAUGGGUGACGGCUUGGUUGAGGUGAAAGCCGCUGAGGAACAGUCUUUUGAACAACUAUUUGCUGAGCCUGAUGAUACUCAGCUCAUUGCGUCUGAUCAGCAUAUUCCUGCCGAAGGCGAGUUGUUCCAUGCGGAGCCCAUUCUUCAGCAGCAGCAUUAUGAUCAGCAUGCAGUACAGGAAUCCGAUAUUAGAAUGAUAGAAGCUCUUACUGGCAGCUCUAUCGCUGGCUUGGCUAGUCUCACAGCUUCACCUGCCUCACAUAUGGGUGACAUUCCGACAGACCCCGCUCUCUUGCUAGGCUCCCCGUCAGGGAAGAUAACUCCCAAAGCAAAGGGAAAUGGACGAAAGGAAAAACGACACCCGACACCACCAUCUCCAUCCCAAAUUCCUCUUGAGUACAGAGAGAAGCCUGCGAAUUCCUAUUCUAGCCUGAUAGAGAUCUCAUUGCGAUCAUAUGCUACUGAACGCGGAAUGUCUUUGUCCGAAAUCUAUACAGCUAUCCAGACUCUGUUCCCGUACUACCAGUAUGCACCUUACGGGUGGCAGAACUCUGUGCGACACAAUCUUUCAUUAAACAAGUCGUUUGUGAAAAUUGCUAAGGAAGGAAAGGGAUGGCUCUGGGGAUUAGACGAGGAACUUUGUCGUGAGCGCGAAGCUAAGAAGAACAGGCCACUUGUGAAAGAACGCAAAGAGCAAGAGCGACGCGAGAAACGAGAGCGGGAAAAGAGAGAGAAAGAGGAAAGAGAUAGAAAGGCCAAAGAGGAGAGGGAAGCACUCGAUCGCGAAAAGAAAGAGCGAGAACGUAUUGAGAAGGAGCGGAAAGAGAAGGAGCUUGCAGAGAAGAAGAAAGCACUUGCUGUCAUUGCACAAGCGGCCGCAGCAAAGAAUGCGACGUAUAAUAUCAACGGGGUUGGAUCUGCCAACCAACUACGUGCAUUUGCUGGUCAAAAUGGGAAGCCAAAAGGCAAAGUACUUGGCGUGCAGCCAGGCAUCGUCAAACCGCAGACCGCCAAACCGCCGAUCAACAAAGAUACGCUCAAGGCAUUGCAGCUUCUUCAACAAACGAUUACAGCACAACUGUCUGCAGGGAAGGCUGGCUCUCCAGGUCCAGCGAGCUCGAGCUCGCAGACACCAGGAACGCCGGCUACCGUUGCGUCUUCUUCUUCCUCUCCUUCCCCUGCUGCAUCUGCAAUGAUGAUGAGCCGGGCAGGGUCGGGCAGUGGUACACCACUGCGAACGACUUCUUCACCAGGCCCUGUCGCUGGUGGCACUCCCAACAAUGCGUCCGCCUUAAUGGCAGCCGCUCUCGCCGCUGCACAAAACAAAGCAGGGAACAAUCUUGCGAAGAAACCUGCGGCGGGCCCACAGAAUUCAGCUCAGCAGAAUGCAAAGGCAGCAGCAAUCGCAAAGGCCCUAGUCAUGACUUUGGCGCAGUCGAUGAACAAGCCAGGUGCCCAGAAGCCGAGUGGCAGCGGCGCUACUGCUGCAACCACGGGUGCUCCCAAUAUAUCAGGGAGUACGCCUGGACCCUCGCGCAAUGGUGGUUCUGCAAGCUAGUCGAUGAUGGCCCACGAUCGAUACUUUUUUUUUGGCAGGUAAGGAGAUCCGACAGCGAUGGCGUAUGAAGUAAUUGAAAUAGAGGGGAGCAGGUGUUUGUUUAUUUUGAAGUUUAAGGAAAAGGCGUUUUGACUAUUAUUUGUUUCCAGUUUGUGGUUUUCUCGUGGACUCAGGCUAAAGAAGUGAGUCUGGCUUGAUCGGAUUGCGAUUAUUCGGUGUUUUGUAUGAUAGACAACAAAAGUAGCAAAAGUGAUUUCCAAAGCA